AUGCCAGGUGCACGCUCUAUUGUUCUGGCCUUACUGCCAGUUCUUCUCCUGCUUUUUGCCCAGCAACUCGCCUCCCACCCAACCGAGCAGAUUCAAGCUAUCCUCGCUCCGUUGGUCCCAACAGCACUACAAGAUGUCGUGCUCUUCAGUCGACCUCGCGUCAUCAUUGCACAGGGCACUGUGGUCGGUACCACCUUGACAGACACGCUUAGAACCCCGGUGGACGCUUUUCGGGGAAUUCCGUAUGCAUUGCCUCCAAUUGGGGAUAGACGGUUCCGCCGCGCGGUGGCUGUCAAUGCGUCGGACGACAUCAUCAAUGCUACUGAUUUCGGCCCGAGGUGCCCCGGGAAGCAACUCUUGAAUCCGAAAGACAUAGGUGGCGAUGAGGACUGUCUCACAGUCAACGUGUUCCGGCCUCAUGGUGCCCAGGGAAAGCUCCCAGUUGCUGUAUACGUGCACGGAGGCGCCUACAACCGCGGUACUGCCUCCGGACACAACACGGCCUCGAUGGUCGGCUGGUCUGACGAGCCCUUUAUUGCAGUCAGCUUCAACUACCGCAUCGGCGCCCUCGGCUUUCUUCCCUCGACCCUAACCGCCAAAGAAGGCAUCCUCAACCUAGGCCUGCACGACCAGAUCCUUCUACUCCAAUGGGUCCAAGACAACAUCGCGCAUUUCAACGGCGACCCAACCCAAGUCACUCUAAUUGGCCUCUCCGCCGGCGCCCACUCCAUUGCCCACCACAUCAUGAACCACACCCCCAACCAAAAUACCACCCCUCUCUUCCACCGCGCCAUCAUUGAAUCUGGCGCUGCCACCUCCCGCGCCGUGCACCCGUACAAUGCCUCCCUCCACGAAAUCCAAUUCGCCGACUUCCUCACCUCAACCGGCUGCACCAACCUCCCCAACGACACAGAAAUCCUUCCCUGUCUCCGCGCCCUUCCAUCCAAAACCAUAACAUCCGCCUCCAUCGCUGUCUUCGACAAAUACAACCCGUCUAUCCGGUGGGCCUUCCAGCCCGUCAUCGACCACGAGAUCAUCCACCGCCGGCCCAUCGACGCAUGGCGCUCAGGCCAGUGGAACAGAAUGCCGAUCCUGACAGGAUUCAACACAAACGAAGGAACCUACUACGUCCCUCGUAAUCUAUCCCUCUCGGAGGACUUCACCUCAUUCUUCCGAACCCUUCUCCCCGCAUACCCCGAGAGUGACAUACAACUCAUCGAUGAGAUAUACCCCGAUCCAAAUAUCUACGCCUCGGCAUCGCCAUAUCUAGAGACGAGACCGAUCGCGGAGCUAGGAAGGCAAUACAAGCGCCUCGAAGCGGCGUAUGGACAUUACGCGUACGCGUGUCCUGUCCGGCAGACGGCGGGGUUCGCUUCUGCUGAUACUACUGCUAAUCAGCCGGUGUUUUUGUAUCGCUGGGCAUUGAAUAAAACCGUCAUUGGGGGCGCGAACCACGGGGAUCAGAUGGAGUAUGAAACGUUUAAUCCGGGGGUGCGGGGAAUAUCGGAGGCUCAGAGGGAGGUGGCGGGUUUGUUCCACGCAUAUUUGACUUCAUUUGUGGUGUACGGGGAUCCGAACGUUCUGGGGGGCAGGUAUGAGGGGAGGGAGGUGUGGGAGAGGUAUAGUGCGGAUUCCGGGGAGGGCCUAGGGGUUGGGAAGGUGAUGGUAUUUGGGGAAGGGAAUGAUGAGCGGGCUGGCGGGGAUGGGGUUGGGGUUGCGGCGGGGCUGAGGAGGGAUGAGUGGGGAGUGAGGGAGUGUGCGUUUUGGGCCGCGAGGAGUGGGAUUUCGGAGUGA